AUGAUCACUAUAAGUGAUGAGAGGAAUGUGGAGGAAGUGCACACACAAACAGAACACUUCCAUGACAAUCCAAAGGAAAAGCAUGAAGAGAGAAACCACACAACCCAUCCCACACACAAGGAGGAGCUAAAGAAAGGGGAGACCCUAAACCCAUAUGCACCCUUUCCCCAAAGGCUCAAGGGUGGUGUAUCAAGGAAAAUAUAUUCAAGGUUCCUCAACAUGUUUGCAUCUCUUGAUGUAAAUAUACCAUUCAUUAAGGCCCUCCAGCAAAUGCCCUCCUACAUCAAGUACAUAAAUGAGCUACUGGUGAAAAAGAGUUCAUUGAAGGGUGGGCAAACAAUAAAGAUGAACAGAGAGUGCAGUGCCCUCAUUCAAAUAGAGUCACCUACAAAGAAGAAGGAUCCAGGGAGUUUUCACAUUCCCUGUGCUAUAAGAGAGACAAUGAUUGAUAAAGGGCUCUAUAACCUGGGAGCAAACUUUGUUAUCCUGGAGAUGGAAGAGAAUCACAUCCAUCCCAUCAUCUUGGAGAGGCCAUUCUUAGCCACAGCCAGGGCGCUUAUAGAUGUGGAGCGAGGAGAACUAAUCUUGAGAAUACAUGAUGAACACCUCACCUUCAAUGUCUUCAAACCCUCACAAGAAAUAGAUCAUGAUAACGAAAAGUCAAAGAAAGAGCGCAAUGAGGAGUUGAUGAAAGAGACAAGCAUGGGAACAUAA